CUGUCCUAUGGAGGUCCCAGCGGUGACAAAGAUUAUUCAGAAGAGCAAUUCGCCAAUCCGACAACAUUGGCUGAAACUAGAACGAUUUCCGCUUCAGAAGCGGAACUUUCGCAUAUCAAAGACUCAUUGGUUGUGAUCUGGCCACCACCGUCUGAUGAAACAUCCCGUUCACAAUCCGUCAUUCCUAAAACCAUGACUGAUCCGGAUCGAAUUGAUGAAUAUCGUCGACAGAAGAAUAUGGAAGAAGAAGCAAUACGACGACAUGAAGAAGAAAAAUUGGCGUCGAUGACAAAGCAGAUGCGAGCGAUGGAAAUACAGCAGCAACGUCUUUACGAACAGCAGAAUGCUGUCGAUUCACCGGUUCUAUUCAUCGACAACGAUCUCACGACGUCGUUUGAACAUCAACCGUUGGAGGACGGUCGUCGAUCAUCAGCACUCGACGAAGGUUCAUCGUCGAACGACUCCUAUCAACAGGAUUUCAGCAAAGAAUUCUCUCGAAUGCGGGUCUAUGAAACGGCACCGAUAUCGGUGGUGUCCGAUGAACGAUCGAAUCGUGAUUCCGCACCACCUCGAAGCACCUGGAAGCGAACCUAUACUGUUGAAAAGCCGCGAGAGGUAGCGAAGAACGAAAUUCUAACGAGCGGUCAACUAUUGGAAAAGGAUCAGUACCAUGUUGACAUCUUGAAGCGUAGAGCCGCUUUUGUCGAAAAGCCUGAAAAAGAACCAGAAAUCAUGAGGACCGGCCGUCGAUGGCAACCGCCUCCAGAUAAACCUUACGUAUGGCCUUCAUUUCCCAGAGCUGUAUCUGUUGACCUGGAGUUUGCACAAAACGAUUACAAUCAAGUUACUUCUCCUUCUGCUGAUAACGCCGAGCAUCGAUGGAUUCCAGUUGUUAACGAUCCAGGUUACAAAAGAGAAGAGAAAAACUUCACACCAAUGAACAGUCCUCCGUCAUCACCUAUAAGAGGAUCCGGAACUGGACCGCUUGACGAGGCAGCGAAGCGACAAAUUAGAUAUGUUAUACAGCCGUCACCUGAUGGAAGUCAUCGACCGAAACCAGCAUUUCGAAAAGAACGAAGAGCACCAAGCGGCGGUUUCUAUCCACAUGCACCAAACGCUAUCAAGGUAUUGCAGUAUUACUUUUUGUAA